AUGCGGCGGCCGACGCUUGAUGGCAGCCUUUGGACCGUAUUGGCUGUCGGGCAAGCAGCGGCUCCUGCGCCAAGGAAGACACUGCAAGAUGACCCUGCUUUCCAGCGAAAGAAUUACCAGGAGAACAUUGAAAAGGAUGCGGAGUGCAAUCGGAGUCCUGAGUGGGGUCCAUUUCGAGCGCAACUCCUGCAAACCGAAGAGGAUAUGCGGGUGGAGUUGGCCUACGAGAAGAUGAUGGAGUGGGGCCUCGAGAAUGUGACGAAAGUGGAUGAGCAGUCCAAGAUUUGCUUGCUGGGUCUGGUUGCUAUGCAAUUCUACUUUGCCCACAUGUUGCUCUUCGAGGUCGGUAGCGUGGAAGCGGCCGCGGACGCCUUCCGCAUGAUGGACGAGCACUCGGGGGCGCUUCACCCGGACCUCCUGGACCAAGCCGCCGGCUAUGGGAAGACGUGGCCCAUCUCUGCAGACGCUCUGGACAGCUUGAGGCGUGCCUUGCUGCGGGCUUCUGCCGGCGGUGGUACCGGUGGACCCGACCGGCGGCGACGCUUCAAGAACGCCUUUGGGUUACAUGAUGAAGACUGGAGCCAGGUCUGGGGCUCGUGGCGCCCCACGGGCGCGGCCCCCGAGCGCCUGGCAGGGCCCUGGGGCGCGGCGCAGGCGGGCGCGCCGAAGCCCAGCUUCCGCGUUUUUGUCUAUGAUCCAGACACCAUGCCAGCGCUGAGGGCGCUCACUCGCGGCGGCUCUUUUUGCAAACACAACCAGUGGGGCAUGGAGGUCGCGCUUCACGACUGGUUCCUGGCAUGCCCUUGUCGAACUGAUGAUCCGGAGGAGGCCGAUUUCUUUUUCGCGCCGCACUACACCUCCUGCUUAAUCAAUCAUGCAGACACCUUCACUGGCUGUGACACCAAGCAGCUCUGUGGCCCGACGACCGCGCUCUUUCAGCAGGCCUUGAGCAGCUCCGCGUACUACCGGCGCAUGGAUGGAGGGCGAGACCACAUCUUUGUGUGGGGCUCUGGUAUGGCUGCAGAUGGACCCUUUGCCACCUGGAGGGACUGGGUGCCCAAUGCGAUUUUCCUCAUGACGGAGCCCGAGCUGUGGAAUCCCUACAAGGAGGUGGUUCAAGCCUCGUACGCGCCAUACAAAGACAUCCUGGUGCCUGGCCGAAUCACCGUGGACGACAUGAUCGCACUGGGGAAAAUGGCCAAGCCCUUUGAUGAGCGAAGCAUCUUGGGGCACUUCAUUGGCUGGCCAAGGCCGCCUCACCCUUCGGUGAUGCCUCCGGAGGAGUGCCAGAAUAGCAGCUGUCCCUUGAACGUUCGCUCAGUGCUGCUGGCUCGCAAGGGGGAGGAGAUGUUGCACGUGGACGUGGACGUUCCAUACAUGGAGUCCUUCCUGGGCCUUACAAGCUCCUUGUUUUGCUUCGUACCGCGUGGGAAGAGUGCAUGGUCUUCGCGCUUCUUCCAAACCUUCUUUGCAGGCGAGGGCGUCGUGGAGAAACCGGGUUCUAUUUCUGCCUUUUGA